UCCAUUCCUUCCGUCCCCAAUUCUUCUUCUUCCUUUCAAACCCUAGGUUCCCCUCUCUGUACAGUACAGCCGCACUGGCCAACUAGCGAGAGCCCCAUCCCAUGGAGACUUCUCUGCGCCUGCGCGGCGGCGGCGGCCUCCGCAUCCACGCCAAGGAGAAGCUCCCCCUGGGCUACAACUCGCUCCUCCAGGCUCAUGGGGAGGUGGACACCACCGGAGGAGGACCUGGACCUGCCCCGAGUUACCUUGCUCUCUUUGUCAGGCACUUCUACCCCCAGAUAUCUGCCAACAUAGGAGUUGGCGUCCAGAUACACAACGGCCAUGAUUUCACCUACAGUCUUCGCGGGAAGAAGGCCAUUCCCUUCACAUCAAAUGGCUUGCUAGGAAUAAACCUCAAAUGCCGCCUCCUUACCGACAAAGAAUUCAAGCCAAGGAAGAGAACCGGAGCCAUCGAAUUGGCCUGGACCAUUCUUGACUUUAGGAAAGGUCAAGAUGUCAGGCUCAAACUUGGCUACGAAUUGUAUCACAAGGUGCCUUAUUUCCAGCUUAGAGAAAACAAUUGGACUCUCAAUGGUUAUAUGGAUGGAAACUGGAAUGUUAGAUUUGACAUGUGAUGAGAAAGCCACUUGUCUGGCGAUUAUUUAGGCCCUUGGUUGUCUUGUUUCUUAUGCCAUCAAUUCUGCUUCUGUGUACUGCUACUGCACUGGGAAAUGCUUAUAUUAUUCAUCAGGAAGCUGCGUUUUAUGCA